UCCAAUCCAUAUAGACGUUAUUUAGCAGCCCUUUUAAACCCGAGGAGCAGAGCUUCGUCUUUAGAGAUUAUCAGUUUGUGUAGGGUUUCUCUGCUUAAACAUGUCUGGAGUGCUUUUUGGUCUCUGUGUGGUGUUGAUGAUUAGUGUUUCAUGCUCAGGACAAACACUUGAAUGCUUUCACUGUGAUCUUGGAUUCUGGGACAUGUGCCACACAACCAAAGUGAACUGCAGUAUUGGGGAACAGUGUUUUGCUGGCACUGGUGUAGCAGCCUCUGUUCUGAACAUCAAGAUGAUGGGUUGCCUUGCCAGAGAUGACUGCAACAAAACUACCGUUGUGACUUUUCCUGCAAAUAAGACCGUCUAUAAAAUGACAAAGUAUUGCUGUGAGGAAGACCUCUGUAAUGGUGGCACUGAAGUCCUAAUGGCAUCCUAUACACUGACUACACUAGCUAUUGCUCUGAUAAUGGGUCUAACUUCAUAAUAGAUUUUUUUUUUUUUUCUAUGAACUUUGUUUGCAGGAUGGUAUUGAUUUAAAGGGAGGUUUAGGAAGCACUGUGCACUUUGGGAGUUCAUGAAGGCUUAUUGAAAUUUGAUUAAAAUUAUGCAAUGUAAAGCUGUUUUAGAGAAGAUUUCAUACAUGUGUUUUCAGUGUAAAAAUAAAUGUAUAAAUGAGUCAA